AGAACGUUAUUAUUAUUAUUGUAUUGUAAUACUUCAGGUCAAACAUUUUCUAAGCACAUGCUUUGCAUUUUACAUGAUAUUAUAUACUAUUAAAAGAAUGGACUUUAACUUUGCAUUCACAUCACUGAUUCUACUGAUGAACAUUGAAGACAUUCUAACAUUGGAGCGCUUACAUGUAAACUGUGAACACGAGUACAUAUGUGCUGUGAGGGAGACCGAUGUGACACUGAGGUGUUUUUACAAAAACGAAGACAUCAAAACUGGGUUCUGGUUCAGCCACAAACAGAGUCAAAACUGGAGAGAAAGUGAUGAACCUGAAGAUAUAGCUUUGGAUUUCGACUACUCAGGACGAGUGAAGCAGCAGAUCACUAUUUUUCAUUCAGUUCUCACAAUAAGAGACGUGAGAGAGAGAGACUCUGGAGAAUAUCAGCUCAUGUUCAUUAUGAAGGAUGGAGUUAAACACAUCAGCUCAGUCACAGUCCAUCUAACAGUCACAGUCCUACAGGUGAAGAUAGAUCUGGCACUGUUGAGAUAUCAGCUGGUAUAUCUGACCUGUGAAACUUCCUGCUCUGUGACCUCAGGGCCUCGGUAUUUCUACUGGAAAAAAGAUGGACGAUAUAUUAAUUUAGCUUCAAUUGAACCUGCUGCCUACUCCUGUGAUCUUACUGGAGAUUUUAAAAUCUCUUCUGCACCUGUGUGUUUUUCUAACAGCGGCUGUUGGAAUGUGACUUACACGUCUAGAAGAGUUUGUGCUUUAGUGGGAUCAACAGCAGAAAUUCACUCUUCAUACUCCCAUCCCACUGGAUAUACAGUAGUGAACACAUACUGGCAUUCUCGUCCCGAGAGAUUCAUAGAUAUACGUGAGGAGCAGCAGUUUGCUGGUCGUGUGGAGUAUGUGGGAAACACACUGAGAAUCAAAGACGUCAACAUGAGCGACUCUGGAGAAUAUAAAUUCAGAAUCAUCACUAACACUUUAGACGGCACAUUGUCUGGUUCACCGGGAGUCAGUCUUACUGUUACAGAUACGAAAGUGACAAGCAGUCUAGACCCUGUGAUAGAAGGACAGAAAGGGAUAUUAAGCUGUUCAACCAAAUGUACUCUGGAUAACAACAUUACAUUCUCGUGGUACAAGAAUGGACAGCCGGUAACAGAUGGAUUCAAGCUCUUGAACAAGCUGUACCUGAACUCAGUCAACAAAGAUGAGCUGAAAGAAUAUUCCUGUACUGUCACAGACAACCAAGACAGAAAUCUAGCUCAAGAUCCAAGCUUGCCAACACAAAUCACUAUCUUUGUUGUGAUGCUGUCUGUGUUACUGAUUCUUGCAGUCAUAGGAGUCCUGACGUACAGGUUCUUGAGACAAAGCAAGUGUAAUUCAUCUCAAAACCAUGACAACACAAAUUAUGCGUCUGUACGGGCUGACCCGUCUACAUCGGAUAACAACGCACCCUCGUCCACAGUCUCUGACUCCACCCACCAGACAGACUCAGAGGAACAGAUCCUUCAUUACUCAAGUGUUAGUUUCAAACAUUCUGACAAGACUAUGUCUUCCACCACUUCUGCUAUAUAUUCAUCGAUGGAAGAUGUUCAGUAUGCCACUGUCAAGUUAACUAAGAAUUAAGUCCGCGGUGACUGUUGCCUGACUUCUAUAGGGAAGUCUGUGUAUACGGGUAGUUUUAGUAACCAGAGGAAGCGGUCCAGAAAGGCUAUACGUAUGUGGUAUUUUAUGGUAGGCCUAUGUUCAUGUAUAUUGAUUUUUUUUAGUCAGUUAACUUCUUAAAAAAAGGCAGUCCUUAAUCAAAAGAGAGUAUUUCUUUAUUGGUAACUGCAUGUGCUUUUCUUUAAAGUCAACCAUAUUCAUGUUUUGUAUAGGGUGUUUCCCUGGAGUAGAUUGAAACUGUAUUUGAAUGUCUGUAGACAUUGCCAAGAUGACUUAUUUAAAGGGACUUUCAACAGGCAACUGUAUCAGUUAUUGCUACUGUAUUAUCUUUUUCAUUUAAUUUAAGUCUGUGCUGCAUAUUGGUUGGUUUAUGGCCAUGUUCAGUCACAUGGUUAAAAAUGCUGGUAAAAAGUUUUUAGAUAACAAUGUAAAAAGUCAUGUUGUGUAAUUUGUACUUUGCUGCAAACAAAACUGUCAUGGUUCUGCUUCUUUUAGUCUUGGAUUUCCUGGUCCUGAGGCAGAGCCAUGACAAAGUCUUUGGUUAUGUGUGGAGAGAAACAUAUUAUUGUCCUUUUGACAAUAUGCGUUCUCUCCAGUGUCUUGUCAUUGGCCCCGCCCCUCUCAUUUCUUGUAUUGCUUUCCUGCCGUGUCUAAUGUUUCUCACCUGCCCUGUGUCGUUAUCCCUCGUUUGUGUUCCCUUUAAAAUGCCUCAUGUUUCAUUGUCCUGUGCGCUUCAUUGUGUUUGGUGCGACCCCGCGUCUCAGCCUUGCCUUGCCUUGCCUUGCCUUGCCUUGCCUUGCCUUGCCUUGCCUUGCCUUGCCUUGCCCGUAAACCUGUUAAGUGAGUUGUUUUAGUGUUCUUUGGUUUUUGUUUUGCCCUAUUGUGGGAAGUUUUUCUUUGUCUUCAAGCGUUUUUGGUUAUUGUGUUUGUCCCCCAUCGUGGGUUUUUAUUUUGAAGUUAUUAUUAAAGUCUGUUUUGUUUACCCCCUCCUUCUGUCUGCGCCUGGGUUCUGUCUGCUACUUGUCAUGACACAAAACAAUAAACAAACAAUUUUAAAUUUGUAUUAUUGAAAUGAAAUCCGUCUUUGUGUUAGAUGAAAAAACAAGGUCCUAAAAAUAAUAUUGCAAAAUGAUG